CUGAGACAAUAUUGCACCAAACCAAUCAACUAGAAAAUCAUGGCGGAUAAUACAUUUUUCCAGUAACGUUGGGUUGCGUGUGCGGGAUUCGAUACCACUGGAUAUCCACUGGAGAAGUUUUGUAACGAUCAGAUCCUUGAACGAGAAAGUUCUGAAUCAUGGGCUCGCACAAACAUCACAAGACGGAGAAGUCGCGCGAUGCCAAGAAGAAGCGUCACCGCAGUCGCUCAAGGAGCUACACGCCCGAGCGCGAGAAAUCGGAAAAGCACAGGCAUCACAAGAAGCACCGGAGAAAAGAACGCAAGGAUUACGACAGCGACGUUGAAAUUGUCAAUGCGCCACCGCCACCGAAGAUCUCGAAAUCAUCGCAUCCGUCUACGCCCCCGCCGCCGGAGAUUUCCAAGCAGCGCAGUCCGUCUCCUAUUACCAAGAGUGGUAGUUCACAAGCCUCGUUGUCGAUUGAGGAAACCAACAAACUUCGUGCAAAGUUGGGCCUGAAGCCAUUGGAAGUUGACAAUACACCAAAGGAUGAUCCCACUAAAAUCAAGGAUGAUUUGGGAGAGUUUCAUCACAAGCCUGCACCAAACAACAGCGACAAGAUCAGAACUCAGAAGCUGAGAGAGAAGUUAGGAACUCAAAAGGAAAAGCGACAGAUAGAAGCUAAUUUGGCAAAAGUGAAAACUCUGGGUGAAUGCGACUCAGAUGAUGACACCCAAGUGUGGAUCAACAAAUCCAGAAAAUUAGAGGAAGAAAAGAAGAAAGCAGAACAAAGAGCAAAGGUAUUGGAUCAACUAGAUGAAGAGUUUGGAAUUGGCAACUUGGUGAAAGAAGAAAUAAAUACUGCUCGUAACGCUGCAUAUACAGAAAAGAAUCUAAAAGGCCUCACAGUUGAACACAAUCCUGAAUCAUUUGAAGAAGGUAAAACUGUGAUCUUAACGUUGAAAGAUAAAGAAGUGUUGGACGAAAGUAACGAUUUACUUGUAAAUGUCAAUAUAAUUGAUAACGAGCGUUACAAACGCAGUAUUCUAAACAAAACUAAAAAGCCCACAUACGAUCCGUACGCUGAUGAAAACUUCGACGAAUAUGGAUUUUCUAAGAGCAGUAUUUUGGAGAAAUAUGACGAGGAAAUUGAUGGCGAGAAGAAGGAUAAUUUUGUUCUCGGAACUAACAACGCGAUGGAUGUAAAACGACGUCAAGUGGAGAUAGUGAAGCAACGUCUGGCCAAUAAAAAAUUAGAGUCGCUACAGAUAGCAGAACCGAAGUUAGCAAGUGAAUAUUACAACGAAGAGGAACUUGCUAAGUUUAAGAAACCAAAGAAAAAGAUUCGAAAAAUUAGAAAGAAGAAACUCAGAGCUGACGAUUUGGUACCUAUAGAAAAUGACUACCUUAGGGAUCUUGGAAGUAGGAGGAGAAAAAAACCAGAUGAUUCGAAGGACAGUGAUACUUUAGAUGUUGAUGAUUUGGAAGCUCCCAAAGAAGAUCUUACUGGAAUAAAGCUGGAAGAAGAUGACAAAGAAUUGGAGUUGCAAUUGGCUCUGAAGAAAGCUCAACGACUGAAGGAAGGACAUUUAUCCGGAAUUCAGAAAACCAUAGACACGAUAAAACAAGAAAUUCUUAACUCGGAAGAGAGUCAAUCUGGAAAUAUUGUUCUCAAUUCUACCGCGGAAUUUUGUAGAACUUUAGGCGACAUACCUACGUAUGGGCUUUCUGGCAAUAGAGAGGAAAACGGACAGGAACUUAUGGAUUUCGACAUGGAUGAGGUCAAGGAUGAGCCACCAGUGAACGAAGACGAAGACGACGGUCGCGGUGCCUGGAACACAGUGCAAUUAGACGAGAACACCACGGAACCAGUCGUGAUGGAGGCGGCAAUUUUGGACGCCGAGCCGUCUCUCGGACAGGGGGUAGGUGGUGCUUUGAAAUUAGCUAUGAGUAAAGGUUAUUUGCAGAAAGAAGAUAGCAAUCGGCCGUCGGCGUCGCGAUUUGCACAUCUUCAAGCACAGAAUUACUCGAUAGAGGACAAAACUUACGGAGACGACGACAAGUUCGGCAGAAGAGAUCGCUUUAACGGACCGACGUCCGAUUUCAAGGAAAAGGAGGGUUUCAAACCGAACGUCAAGCUCGAAUACAUCGACGAUGACGGUCACGUCUUGAGUGCCAAGGAAGCUUUUCGAUAUUUGUCGCACAAGUUCCACGGAAAAGGCCCGGGCAAAAAUAAGGUUGAGAAGAGAAUGAAAAAAGCCGAACAGGAAGUUCUAAUGAAACGAAUGUCCUCAACGGAUACACCUCUAGGUACGCUGAACUUGUUGCAAGCGAAACAGAAGGAAACCCAGUCACCGUAUAUAGUGCUUAGCGGCAGUAAACAGAUGCAAACGACUAGCAUAGCUAAAACGAAACACUAAGGAAAAUAAAAAUACAUAAAAAGCAAAGUAUAUAUAUAUAUAAGAAAAAAAAAAAAAAAAAAGGCAAGAAUUGUACAUAAUCUUACGUAUGUAGUGCUUGGAAAUAAAAACAAAAAAAAAUUUA